AUGGUGCUCAGUGCGGUGGUGGCGAAUUUGGCUGGAGAUGAGUUGUGCCAGGUGGAUGUCCCGCUAAACAGCAAAGCUUCUGACGUGAAGGUUAUCAUCGCUCAAGAACUGGGGAUGAGCCCCUACACCUUUAAACUGAUCACCAUCGUUUCAGGAAUGACACUCGAAGGAAAUGAUGGUUCUGUCAGUCAUUUGGCUGACAAUGGGCGGCUAGAUCUGACACUGGUGAAGAUUGAUGGCAUUCCAAGUCCAGAUCCUUACGGAUAUCUUCAGCUGCAGACCAAAGGUGAGACCACUCCUCGAAGCAUUACCAAGCGCUACAGACUGGUGAUGACCAUGGUGAUCUUGUUGUUGGUUGCUUUUGUGGCGAGCUUUUUCUCUUUUCCACAUGGCUUGUUGGUGUGGUAUGUGAUCUAUUUGUUGGAGGCGCUAUUUUUCAAUCCAACGGCGAAAGGUUUGAUGAGGCUGAAACAAACGGAUAGCAUCCUUGACUAUAUCGAGGAGAUCAAGGUUCCACGGCGCUUAUUUAGGGCUCCAACAAGGGCUCCAGACGAACAGAUGAUGGUCAGCAAGACACAUGAUGCAGAUGAACAAAUAGCUUGCAGGCCUGCACCCGAAGUGAAUGCUCAAUGCUAUCACAUGGAGACGCGCACGCGAACGGUCACAGGCAAAGAUGGGACCCGGACAGAGGUCUAUCAGGAGCGUGUGGACACCGCUCGAUUGACCGAGCGCCUCCGGGUGGCACGAUGGGCAGAUGACACGGGCGAGGUGGUGGAUGGCCUCAGCUACUUCCCGCUCCUCCAAGUGCAUUUCGAUUUGAAGUGGGAGGCUGCAGACCCCGAAACCCAUCGUGCGCACGAACAGCAGCGAGAAGCUCUAAGGGCCAGGGCCCAUGCAGCUGAUUCCCAACACGAUACCUCUGAAGAGUUGCGAUUGAUCGACGAACAUGGACAAGAGUGUCCCUUCUACGCUGACAUGAUUGGAACCACUGGCGAGGCUUUUCCAGUGUGGCUGGGCUACUUGCCAUAUGCGGUUGCUUGCUUCUUGUUCUUGAGCUGGCCCUACCGCUACUUCUUGUCGCAACAUGCGGUGAAGGGUGACUUUGUUUUCGAGAAGAGAGUGUGGUCCUACCGUGAUUAUUGGGGCUCAUUUCGCACAGCAGAGAAGUUUGAAAACGCGGUGCGCGCCUUGCAGGAGGCGCAGAAGGAGAAGGUCUCGGCCAUCCAGGCGGCGAAUGACCAAGCCUGGGAGAUUAACAAAGAAGCCAAGGAGAUCGACGAAUCCAGGGCGAAGAAGGAAAUGCGGCUUACGCUGAUGAAGGAAAGCUCCAAGAUCACGGACACGUCCUGCCAGGAGACCAAGACAAAAUUGGAGAAGGAAGGGUUGACACACCAGGAGCUGGUCUUAAAGCGCAAUGCUCUGGACAAAGACUUGGAAGAUCUCAAUGCUCAGAACAGACAUGCGCAACAGGAGGUGACAACUCAUCAGAAACAGUUCGAACGGAUGAAGCGCAGAUACAGACAAAGCUUAUCACAUAAAGAUAGUGUCCUGGAGACCUUGCCACCCUUAGAGGUGAACAAGAAGGAGCUGGAGAAGACGACAAAGCUCCAAGAAGAGGACAUCAGACGGCAAGGGAAGCUCCUGGAGGAUAUCCAAGCCGAGGUGGAUCUUUUCAUCGGAGCUUUCCUGAAACAAGAGUCUCUGGAGAAGGACAAGAAGGAGGAAUUUGAGGCAAUCAAACAGCAGAUGGAUGAGAUGCAGAAGGAGAUCAAGAACCUGAAGACCGAGGUGCAGGAGCAGCUUAGCCGGUCGGCCAUGCCGUUCAUUGCUGUCCUCCUCACAUUGCUGCAGUUCCUCGAGCCUGGAGCGGUCCAGUUCGAUGCCUACUUUGAAGAAGCCCAAGCAAAGAACAACGUGUCAUGGACGAAAGAGGAUUCCCAGAUUAACGAAAAACUGAAAGUAUUGGAGGCGAAAUUCAAAAAGAAGCCCAAUAUCAUUUACAUUCUUUCAGAUGACAUUGGCUUUGGAGAGCUGGGAUGGCAGGGAGGUGGAAAGCAUCGUGGUACGCCUGGACCUGGUUUAGAUGCGAUGGCCUAUGCAGGCAUGCGAUUUUGGUCCUCCUAUUCGGAACCCAGUUGCACUCCCAGCCGGGUCGCCAUCAUGACCGGCCGGCACCCGGUGCGCACGGGGCUGACCACGGUGUUGUGGCCAGGUCAAACGGAUGGGCUCAGCCCUGACGAAGUGACCUUGCCCGAAGUCUUGGGUGCCGCAGGCUAUUCCACUGCGAUGUGGGGCAAGUGGCACUUAGGCGAAGAGCCCGAGCAUGCUCCAGAGAACCAGGGCUUCGAGUAUGCCUAUUAUGGACUCUUCAAUGGUGCUCCCGACCUCUGGCCGGAUGCAUACGACUUGGUGGCGGCGCCAAACUCCAAUCCUCCAACUUUCCUGGACUUCCCUGGAAUUGAGGCUUACAAGGAAGAUACAGGCAUCGAUUUGUCCGUCUCGGCCUACGUGGGGCGCAAGGAAAAGGGCCGGAAGCCAAUUGAAGGGCUGGCUGGAAAGCCGGGACCUCAAAGGCAGGAGGCCUUUGAAGAAGAAUCAAUCAACCAAAUCUUGAAGUACGUGAAAGAAAAGGCCAACGAUGUGAAGCCUUUCUUCAUCUACUGGGCAACGUAUGCCCAGCAGUUGUCAGGCGUAACCUCGCACGCAAAUGAAAAGCAUGUGGACCACGUGAACUCCCAGGCCUCCAUGAUGGCCGCCCACAGUUCCUAUGUGACUCAAUUGCUGCAGACUUUGAAGGAUGAGAAGAUUGCUGAAAAUACGUUGGUUGUUUGGAUCAGUGACAAUGGCCCCAUGUACGCCUUCUACCCCAAUUCGGGCUAUUCCUGGCUGAAAGGUGGGAAGGGCUCUGUGUGGGAAGGUGGUGUGCGGACGCCAGCCAUGGCAUGGUGGCCUGGGAUGAUCGAAGCGAACCAGGACCCCGUGGAUCUUCUUCAGAUCACCGACCUCUACACCACUGCAGCUCGUUUGGGCGGCGCCUUAGAACAUAUCCCCAAUGAUCGUGUCACCGAUGGGUUGGAUCAAGCUGCCUUGCUGCUAUUGGGAGAAGGACAUGGACGGAGGAAGAAAAUCUUCCACUACAGUGGGGAUCAUUUGGGCGCUCUUCGACGUGGCGACUUUAAGGCACACUUUGUGGGAGGCGCUUCAGGUGGUUUACCAAAGAUGGAGGCUUACAAUGUCAGGCGUGACCCUGGGGAGAAGUAUGGUGAGUUCUAUCCCUAUUUGUGGCUGGUGGUGAAGAAUGAGCGCAACAAGUACAUGACCCACAUUCAGAAGUCCGAUCAGCAGCUCUCCGAAAUGAAGGAGAAGUUCAAGAUCCUGUCCAAUGAAGUGGAGAUUUUGCGAAUGGAGAGUGCCGUCAAGGACAAAGAGCUUGCGCAGAUCAGACAAGAGGCGCAACGACUUGAAGUGAUCCAUGAUCAGCUUCAAAAUGAGAAGACUCGGAUAAGUGGGAAAGGUACUGCGCUCAACGAACAGGUUGAGCAGUUUGUCAUCGAGAUAGACAAGCUCAACUCGAUCAUCACUUCCAUCGAGAAAGAAAUGGUGCAGCUGAGACUAAAGUACGAGCAGGCAGUCGAGACGCGGAACUUCACUGGGACGCAGCUUAUCGAUAGGAAUGAUGAGCUUUGCAUCCUUUGGGAGAAGGCAAAUAUCCAGGAAAAGCUGUUGAAGAAGGGAGAGGAUGCGAUGCAGAGAAAGGAAGAGGAGAUUCGAUGCUUGAAGAUAGACCUCGCAGAGGCCUCCAAGAUUUCUGAAAAAAUGUGGCACAAGCAGUAG